UAGCCCAAUUAACUGCCUCGUCAGCAGAAGGAGAGCCCACUUGGGCCCAGGUGGCGGAGAGGUGCCGACGAGAAGGCGAGGUCGUGGAGGCGAAGCGCGAGGGUUUACGUCAAUUAAUGGCAACGGCUUCCCCAAAUGUGUCGAUCCCCGGCGCGAGCGGAGUCCCAUCGCCAGGAAGCGACGAGAAGAGAGCCAAUCAAGGACAUCGCUAGGGGUUCCUCUUCCUCCUUCCUUUUUUUUCUUCGAUCCAGGCGUCGGCGAUCUUAUCCUCGCUGGAUUGAUUCCGGCCGAAGAACCACCAGGGCGAAAGAAAGGGAUUGCUGACAAUUUUUACAGGAAUUUUCACCUUAAGAGAGCAUGAGCGAACAGAAUCAGGAGAUCAUCCAGAGCCCGGCUAACUUACCUCUGAAGCGGAAACGUGGACGCCCUCGAAAGCUUCAAGCUGCUACUUCAUCUCAACCGUAUCCAGCUUCAAAUUCAAGUCAUGGUGUUCAGGUUAUCCCAAAUCAAGUUGAUCUUGCUGCCUUCUCUGGUAUGAGACCUCAAACUCUUCCGUUUCACACUCCUUCAAAGAUCGGCGUCGAUCCAACUGCCCAUUCUCGAAGUGCAAGCUUCGCCCACUACUCUGAAGUUAGCCCGACUCAACCUAAUUCUUCCAUCGUUUCGAACCAAAAGACUAAUGGCUUACUCGGUCAGACUGUGUGUGGCACACUGGAUGGAACCUUUGAAGCUGGUUAUCUGCUGACUGUCAAAGUAGGCGACACCGGUCAUGUCUUGAAGGGCAUUGUGUUUGAUCCUCAUCGUUGCGUCCCUAUUUCAGAAGAGAAUGACAUUGCACCGUUGAUCCCCAUGGCAAGGCCGAUAGGAACCUUUUAUUCGUCGACUGAAAAACCUAGUCAGGCGCUUGUUUCAGUGCCAGUCCGCCCUGCUGCGGCUUCAUUUGAUGUUGCUGUGCCCCACCAAAGAAAGGAUCCUUCCACUAAGAUUCCAGAGUCUUCCAAUUAUAAGCCUUCCGUGCUCGAUAUAAAUGAAACACUACCAAAGAUCGCAGAGCUUACACCUGUUGCGCCUCAAAAUGAAGCAGUUGGUGAAACCCAAGCAGAAGAUUCAUUGUCUCUCUUCAUUACUAACAAAGAAAAACCUCAAGUGACUGCGGUAGUUCAUUCGGAAGAUCAAAGAGGAAUUGCUAUCGAGCCUCAUACAGUUGCAGAAUCAUCUGCCAACAUAGACAUGUCGGAUAUCUCAGGAUUAGAUCAAAGACAGCAGCAUCACUUUGAAGAACUAUUACAAGGCAGCAUGCCACAACCUAGUGAGCAAUCAUCUGACCAGGGGCAAUUCUGUGGUGAUCCAAAGUUGCAGGAUGAGAUCUGGAACCUUUGAGUUUGAAGAACUUGUUAGGUUUAGCACUAGUGGGAAGAAUUAGAAGCAGCUGUAGUAAUUUGGAAGAAAAUUGGAAAGAAGAAUGAAAGAAAGAAAAAAAAAAGGUUGUACUUGUUGUCCAAAUGAACAUUUGUUUUAUGUGCUGGUGAAAUACUCUGCUCAGAAUCCUGCCUAUGGCAAAGCAGUGUACCCCUUUUUGUGUAGGUUUUUUGGAGGACAAUAAAAUUAUUAGGUCACCAAGAAUCUUUUUGCAAUGU